AUGGUCCGCCCGCCCGCCGACCCCGACCGCGUUGCUAGAAUCAUGCUGUCAUGGCAUUCGCUCGACCUCGUCUCGUGCACCAUCCUACAGACCUUGUGGGCAGGCUACGGGCACAUCUGUGCUAUCACCGCCCGAGCUUUCACCGAUGAGGCGGCAGGGAAUCUAAGCAAGCUUUGCGGAGUGGAGUCGGGUGCCGCCGGGACCACCUAUCCCCUCAUCCUGAAGCUCAUCUCACCCCCAAGAGAAAGCGCUGGCGAGGACGAGGGUCACCUGCGGAAGAUGUUGAGCUACCAGGUAGAGCAGUGCUUUUACAGUGAUGUGGUGCCGCUGCUGGACGGCAUUGCUGUUGCCAAAUGCCUUGCCUCGACGCGGAGCAUGGGCGGCCAGGAGGGGCAGGAGGAACUCAGAGGUCUGAUGGCCACCAUCAUGAUCGAUCUGCGUCCCAAAUUUCCAAUCCCAGGCGGCAAGAGAAGCGUACUGGACCGCUCACAGGUGCAUGGGGCGCUGGACUGGCUGGCCAGCUUCCACAGCUGCUCACGGGGCCUGCUGCCAGGCAGCCUUGACGAAUAUGUCUUACCACCCUUGGAAGAGAUCAGUCGAAGACGCGCAAACAAGGAGAGUGGCUGUGGGCUGUGGCUCAACGGAGGCUACACGUAUCUUGCGACCCGACGGAAAGAGUACGCUUCGCUCGCCCAGGACACUGACUCGGAGUGGUCGGAAUCCAUGUGCCGGGCUGCGGAAGGCAUGUCUUGGUCUGUAGCCGAGAUGGCGGCAUUGUUCUUGACCCCCUGUGGAAGGUCGACGGAGUCGUACAUUCAUGGCGACGUCAAGUCGGAGAACCUCUUUACAACAAUUAGCGGAGACGAGGUGGCGUUCUUUGACUUUCAGUACGUUGGGCGAGGACUGGGAGUCUGUGACCUCGCCAAACUGUUUACCUGCUCAGUACCUCUGUAUAUGCUCACCGAUGCUGAUGAGCCCUUGCCCAGGCAGCUGGCGAUGUGUGAUGGUGAGCGGCGACUGCUAGAGCAUUAUCUCUCGAGCCUUCUCCGGGAUGAUAAAUCAGACCUAUACGAAUGGGACACGUUUCAACGGCACUGGGAGACGGCCCUGGUGGACUGGUGUAGAUUCCAGGCCUCUUGGGGCUUUUGGGGGCAUACCGAGUGGCUCAAGGCCCGUGUUAGAUCUAUCCUGGAUGAUCAGAAGUGGAGGGACUGGCUAUAUCAGAAUAUCAGUGGUCGGGAUUGGAUGAUGCUGAAGUGCCUAGAGCGCAGCUCUAGCUAA